AUGUCAAAAAUCGAUGAACCGAUUAUCAGCAAUUACGAGGAUGAUGAAGAGGAACAUACUAUGAUAUCAUUUAUUCCAGACUUAAUGAGAUUUGGAAUGACUGAAUUAACUGAUGAUGUAAUUGCUUUGUUGAGUAAACGUGUGUAUGAUAUAGCUGAAACAAUGAAAGAUACAGAGCCAAUGGAUGAGGAAGAUCACAAACUUGUGGAAAUGGCAUUUACCAAGAAAGACACAGAUGAACGGAAAAUUUGGAUCACUGGUGAUUCAUCAUAUAUGCUAGCUAAAAGUGGCAUAGAUGACGUAGUCCCAUGGGCAGCUGCUAGAAUUGUGAUAUACUUCUCUGUAGUAAAGUCCAGCAUUUUUCCAUGCUUCAUAAUACAUGUAAGAAUCCCAUUCUUUACAAGGAAUACCAAGAAAGUAACUGAAUCCAGUGACGUGAAAGAACAACAUGCUCUUCACCAAGAACAACAUGCUCUUCACCAAGAACAACUUAAGAUCUUAUGGAGAGACACUGAAAGAUAUCUUGAUCCACUGACUAAUUCAACGUGUGGUGCUAAACUUUUCUUAGCACUAUUGAGAUCAUCGAUAGCUCAUGCAGGGAAAGAAUUUUUACCAAAUGAUGGCACAAUUAUUUUAGAAGAUAUUUAUCAUCUACCAUUACCAAUUUUAAUUAUCCAAGUUUUAUUCGAGUGCUUUCAGCUUUUCAUCUGGAUUGGGGAAUGUUUUUCACAAAUUUAUGAGUUACAUUGUGAUAACAUAGCAUUAUCACAUUUAUAUUAUCAUUUAGCAUCAAUGUGCUCUAAUGAACUUUUCAUUAAUGAAAAUGAUCAUGGUAGUCUUAUUAUUAGGAAAUUGGUAAUUAAAGAUUUAAAAAGUGAUAAUUGGGGAUUGGCAUAUUUGAUUUCUUUACAAAAAUAUUUAGAAUGUGUGGUAUAUGGUUCUGUUUAUAAUAUUGUUAAUUUAGAACUACACAAAGAAAUCAGUAAAGCAUUAAUUAAAGUUUCAAGUUCUAUAAAAUAUUUUACUCUUACUGGAGGAUUGUUAUGUUUGCCACCAGAAACAAUUGGUCAUUUUUCAAACCUGGUAGUAUUGGAGAUUUUGGUGAAUGAUAAUAUAGAAGACCUUUUCCGAGAUAUGUGUAUGUCAGCCACUUUUAAAGGACUGGAAAUACUUAGGAUUGGAAGUAAAUUGCCAUCUUUGAAUGUUCUUACUCAAUACUGUUAUCAAAGUUUGCAUUACCUAGCUACUUCAAUUUCUGAUGUCAAAGAUGUAAGGCAAAUUUUGGUAUCAUGUGAACAACUUGAGGGACUAUAUUUGGAUAGUUAUGAAAGGAAGAUUGACUCUGAAGAACUUUUUCAAAUUCUAGUAAACCAUUAUCCAGCAAAAUUUCAAAAUUAUGUCUAUUCAACAAAUGGGAUUUAUCCAAAACUUCUUUAA